GAGACAUCGUUUGAUCUGCACAUGGUGUAAGGUGGAGGUUUCCACAAAUCACGUACACAGAGGGGCGAAAAGCUGUAUCUUUUAUGCAGUAACAUUCACACGAACCUGCCUGUCUAACACAUAUUCUCCGCCUACCUAAUGCAUAUUUAAUUUAGGUGAUGUGACCUUGCGCAAUGCUCGAAACAAAGUGUUACAUUCUCCAUUAAGCAACCUCUGUUGUAGAAGCUAUCUGACUACAUCAGUCACGUUACAAAAGAUGAGAAAAUUCAGCCAGGGGACAUAAAAUUCGACUGGAAGACAGCAGGACGGAGGCGGCGAGAGGCGCUGCCGCGGCCCUAAGAUGGCGGCGCCGCGAGGGGGGAGCGGGCUGGACAGGGACGGCUGUUGUUAAAGCUUUGUUGUUAAAGCUUUACUGUUCCCGCUGCCGCCCCUGCCCGCCGUGUCCGCCGCGCCGUGCAUAGUAAAGAGAAGGACUCACCAUCCCUGUGCUCUUGCUUCAGAAGUACUGAGGAGCAUAACACCUCUGCAUUGAGGUGAUGUCAAAACCAUCCGUGAUCUUCUGGUGCUUGAAAAACAAGUUUCAUAGCACUUCAUCUUUAAAGCCUGAGGGAGCUCUUGGCUACACAGGAGAGCUCUCCUGCAUUUCUGCCACCAAAGGCAGUGCUAUGCAGAAGGACAGCUGGGGUCCUGCCUGCCUGUGAACAGCUCAAAAGCUGAGCUCCAGAGGAGUUGGUGCCUUCAAGAAGUGAGAUGUCAGCUCAGCCUGCACCCAGCAUCUGCUUAUGAUGUGAUUUGGUACAAGGUGUUCAUGCCCUGCUUCCUAUUGCGGCAUGUGUCCGACCGCCAGUGAUCUCUCUGACCCGGCUGGCAGCAGAGUGGCUGGAGACGGGCUGCAACGCGUGCUGGAGGAUGCAGGCACCCAACGUGGGGCACUGGAGAGCACCAGCCCCCCAGCAAACGUGGGGUACUGAGGACAGCUCAGAGAGAUUACCUGUGUGAGGCCCAAGAACACCGCGGGCUUUGGUACUCGGGAGCGAGGUUUUGUGAGGAUCAGCAGAGAAGAGAGGGGAUAGAGAAAUGCUACCAGGAUCCAUUUCCUUUUCAUUAUUUGAGCUUUGUAAAAGCAGUGUGGAGGCCAAGGCAAGAGGAGGCCAGUAGGAGCUCCCCAGAUAUGGCUGGAGUUGCUGCCCUGGUUGUACACUCUCUGCAAGGAGCAGUCCUUCUGUGACUGCACCAUCUUCAUUGGGAAUGUGCAUUUUAGAAUGCUCAAAAUGGUUUUGGCUCUUGCCAGCCUGCUGUUUAAAUCCGUGUUGGACAGCACAGAUACCAUCUCCAAUUGAUGCUUCUGUGGUAACACCUUAGGAGUUUCCACUCUUACUUGAGAUUAUGUACAAUGGCAAACUCUCACUGAGGAAACACAAUUUCACCAAAGUAAUCUCUGUGGCAGAUAGUCUGCAGAUGUUUGAUGUGGCUGUUAGUUGCAAAAACCUCCUCAGGGAUCUCAUAAGUUGUUCUGCUCAGGACCAGGUAGUAAAAGGAAUCUUCAGCCAGGAAGAAGAUUCAUCUGGAAACCAAGCUGAAGCUAAUUACCUGCCCCAGUCUGGAAGACCUGAUGAAGAAAGAGCAUUCAUCAUCCUCAUUCAGAGAGUUUCUCCUUUACCCUGUAGAAGCAGAAAUGGAAGCAGGUGCUUCUCCUCCUGGCUAGGAGCUUACUGUGAAUCACACCUGGGUUCAUCAGGACACAAUGCCAACAGCAGAGAGCAAAAGCUGUAAAAAGGAUUUCUUUGUUUGAUCUGAAAAUGUUUUCUCUGAGACUCUUUCUGAUGCCCAGGCUGUGCUGAAAAGACUCCAAGAGUGCAGAGAAAUUGAUGCCUCUCAAAAGGAGGAAAUUGUUUCAUGGGAACUGCUGCCUGGUUGUUUGAAGGACAACAUGUGUGCACCUGAGAGAAGCAUCUGUAAAUGCAAGUUGCUGAGGCAUGCAGAGAGCAUAGCUGAUGAAGAGACGCUGACCGCUCGCUUGCUGUGCUGCAGGGAGGAGCUGAUCCAGAGCGUGGCACAGCUGAGCCCCAUCAGAGAGUUGGAGACAGAAGCAGGAUUCCUGACUGCCUCAGAGAAGCAGGUAGCUUUGGAUUGCUGUGAAGGCAGCUCUCAGAGGGAAGCUAUAGACAAUCUGAUCAGGAAGGUGGAUGAAGAGAAAACCCUGAAAGUGAAGCUUCUGGAGGCUGUGAAAGCAUCCUUCCCUGGACUCCAGCUUCUGCCGGACAACUUGGUGGCAAGAGCAGACAUCUCUGAUGGUAAAGUGGCUAUCAGUGAGAACACAGCCUUGAGAUCCUGCGGCAUGGCAAGCUGAUCUCCAAGCCAUCCAGCAAAGAGAAGACCUGAAGGGCUUGGCUUUGGGGUAGGCAGGGCUCAGGGAAGCAGUGAAAGAGGUCAGAAUCACUGCUCCUCCGAGUUCUCCUCCCUGCGGUGCAGCUGCUGUGACAAAACCUUCACCAGCACUGCUGCUCACCAAAAGCACAUCAAGGCAGAGCACACAGGUAACACAGAGGAAUGAGUAACAAUUCCAAAUUAUGGCUGCUAUUAAUUAGUGUUACUGCUCUGAAGAUUUGCAGAUACAGAACCUGUGGAGGCCAGAAAUCUGGCCAAGCAAAAGCCUGCUGAGCUUCCCUGGAGGACCAACCCCUAAACCCCAACCCCUUUGGUAUGGUGAGCAAAAAGAGCGUCCCGCUGCGCUCCUUGGUUUUUAUGCCGAUUCCUUGUUUCCCAUUGGCCCUUCCACCUUGCUCCACCCCUGUGCCCUCAUCCCAUUGGCCAUGGUGUUCUGUCCCACCCCUCGAGAUCCCUAUAUAAACCGUUGCUGUCGGUGCCUGAGUGGCUCUUUUGUUCUUCCAUGGCUUUGAGGAGGAAGCUCAAUAAAGGGUCUCCUUGGAACACCACACUGUGACCCUGUCUCUCCUUCUGGAUUGACUGGAUCGUAGAAAAGCUGAAAUCACCUGGUGUGAGCACAGACAUGCCUGUGCCCCCCAGGUGUCUUUAUCAAGACACUUCUUCGGGAAGGUUGCGACACUCUGAACAAUGCUGGCCAUGACAGAACCGGUUUCUAGAAGUUUUACAUAAGGAUCUACAACUGGAUGUGCAAUGGCAAGGCCGAGCUGAUUUACUAACCUAGGGGAGGACAUAGGCAUGUGUUUUUAUUGCAAACAGGUCUAAAGUGGUUACCUGCUUGUCUGGACAAACAUUGAUAGCCUCUGAGGAGAUGAGGCCCAGUGAGAGGAGAAAUGACCUAAUCACAGCCCAGCCCUGGUGCCAAUGCAGGAGCAGGGGUAGGACUGCCAGGACAUGGCCUUGUCUGGAAGCUCAUGAAGGCAGCCUGCUUGUGUUGCACUGCACUCUCUGUCACUUUAUUGUGUUCCUGCUGACCUUCUUCAGUUAUUCCCUGUUCCAUGCUUCCAGAAGGACAUUCAGUAAUGUCAAAGACAGCAUUUCUAUCUAAUGGACUUCCUCCUACCUAAACAGCACGGCCUCUGAGCUCCAGCCAUAUGAACUUUGGAAGAGGAGCCAUUUCUUUCCACUUCCUGGGGACAUUGGACACCAUCUUUCUGUUUUCCUCUGCUGUGAGUGUCUGUGCCAGUGGCAUGGUUAUAUUUGAUGGGUUUUUUAUUGAUUGUGAUCUGUGUUCCUUGUAUCUUAUCCUGUGUCCAGCAGAUGACCAGUAAUAGUCUUAAUAAGAUUAUGGCCUUACAGGUGCAGACUGUUUUGGCAUUAGGGUACAUGAAACCUUAGCAUAAAAAACAAAGGGGGAGAUGUUGCAUAUUGGUAAAACUUUACAAAAUAAGGGCCUUGUUAUCCUUUUAAAAAUACGCUCAGGCCUAUUACUUUGACUAAGUAGAAAAGGACUAUGGGAAAGUGACUCAGAUGAAUUAGAGGUAGAAAAAUAAGUUGUAUAACUACUACAUGUUCACAUUGUGGUUUAUGGUGAUUAGUUGAAUAACAUUUGUUGUGCUUAAAUGGAAUGUAACUGAUAAAGGCCUAACUGCUUAAAAAGUCCAGGUUUUGCAAUAAAGAGUUCUCUCUUGCACCUGC